AUGGCGAAGGUGUCAGAGCUUUACGAUGUCACUUGGGAAGAAAUGCGAGAUAAAAUGAGAAAAUGGAGAGAUGAAAACUCAAGAAAUAGUGAGCAAAUUGUGGAAGUUGGAGAGGAAUUAAUUAAUGAAUAUGCUUCUAAGCUUGGAGAUGAUAUUUGGAUCAUAUAUGAACAGGUGAUGAUUGCAGCUCUAGACUAUGGUCGGGAUGACUUGGCAUUGUUUUGUCUUCAGGAGUUGAGAAGACAGUUCCCUGGCAGUCACAGAGUCAAGCGACUAACUGGCAUGAGAUUUGAAGCCAUGGAAAGAUAUGAUGAUGCAAUACAGCUAUAUGAUCGAAUUCUACAUGAAGAUCCAACUAACACUGCUGCAAGAAAGCGUAAGAUUGCCAUUCGAAAAGCCCAGGGAAAAAAUGUGGAGGCCAUUCGGGAACUGAAUGAAUAUCUGGAACAAUUUGUUGGAGACCAAGAAGCCUGGCAUGAACUUGCAGAACUUUAUAUCAAUGAACAUGACUAUGCUAAAGCAGCCUUUUGUUUAGAGGAGCUUAUGAUGACUAAUCCACACAACCACUUAUACUGCCAGCAAUAUGCUGAAGUUAAAUAUACCCAAGGUGGACUUGAAAACCUUGAACUUUCAAGAAAGUAUUUUGCACAGGCAUUGAAACUGAACAACAGAAAUAUGAGAGCUUUGUUUGGACUUUACAUGUCGGCAAGUCAUAUUGCUUCUAAUCCAAAAGCAAGUGCAAAAACAAAAAAGGACAACAUGAAAUAUGCUAGUUGGGCAGCUAGUCAAAUAAACAGAGCUUAUCAGUUUGCAGGUCGAAGUAAGAAGGAAACCAAAUACUCUCUUAAGGCAGUCGAAGACAUGUUGGAAACACUGCAGAUUACCCAGUCUUAACGUUUCAAAAAUUCUUUCACAUUACAUUUCACAAUUGCACGAUUGAACCUAUUGGCUUGACUUAUUUACUAAAUGCCCAGUGCUAUUUAUAUGCUAAUUUCCUGUUAAGGCAGUUGUAAAGAAUAUGUUUAUAUAAACCUAAAAAUUCCUUUCAUUGCUAAGCAGAAAGAUCAGGAAGGUCCAUAGAAGAAGGAUUUUAGAGUCUUAUUGAUUGUACAGCAUUCUCUUAAUAUCACACUGCUUUUAAACCAUAAUCUGCUGUAGAAAUAACCUAAUUAAAUAAACCAUGAUGAUUUAUUAAACUUGCAUAUGAAGAUUAUAGUCUUUUUAUUACACUUAAAUAGUGAAGAUACCGUUUUAGAACUCAAUGCCUAGUUAGCUCUUUUUUUUUUUUAUCUAUGAUAAGAAAUAGAUAGCAUAUAUAACUGACUGAGCAAAAUAUUGACAAAUUAUUUUAACUCUCCUUUAGUGUCAGGUUGGAUUUUGCUCUGUUUCAGUAGGCUGUUGCUUUUUGUACUGUAAUAUUACUCUGCUGAAUCAUGGUAAAAUAUGUAAUUUUCCAAAAUUUAGCAAUAUGUCUGUAAAAUGUUCAUUUUGCCAUAGAAGAUAAUUAAAUUUUUACCUAUAAAAUGCUUUAAGGUUCAUAUAUGCUAUAAUACUCAAAUUUAACCUUUAUGAAAGUUAUAUUUAUUGAACAUUUAACUGUAAAUUACAUAAAAGAAUAUUCAGAGAUCUAGAGAAUAGGAAUUAAAGGGGUUUCAGUGACUGUUAUUUUUACUUUAGGGUAAAAUAAAAAAAAUCUAAACUUUUUAGAAAAAAAUUUUUUACAAUCCUUGUCUCAUUAUCUCCUUAGUGAUAAUUGAAAUUUCUUCUUUUUUUUAUACUAAUCAACCAUUAUACUACCUUCAACAUUAUUUUGCAUGUUUCAAUAGAAAACAAAGAACUUUGAGAGUUAAACACUUUGUUCAGGCAUAAGUUAAUUUUUAGAAUAGUGAAUUGUUCAUUCAAGACAAAUAUUUAUUGUUAGUAUUAGUUUGUAAUUUAUAUAUAUGUUACAUAUAAUAUAUAUUAUAUGUAGUCAUAAUCCUAUUUAUUUAUACUAACAUUAUACAGAAACUCCUGCUCACUUGUCAUUGCUGGAUUUGGGCAAAUGGGGAUGGUGGAGGAAUUGACAACCUGAAAGUCUUUAGGAAGAAAACUUGCCAAUACCAGCAUUUUAACCUUUUGAAUAAUUCUGUUAUUCUUCCUGUCUAGUCUAAUUCUUUCAUGUUACAGUCCUUUUCAUUUUAUUUUGUCAGGAGUAAUGAGCAACUGUGUAAAAGCUCUUCUCAUAUAAAGAUAAUUCUUCUGAACUAACCUUUGUUAUAACAAAAUGUACUCUUUUUAUACAUGAAUUUAGUAACUGCAUUUUCAACAUAAUCAGCUAUUUAAAAUUUGUUUGCUACAAAGAAAAUAGUGCCCGCAUACUAUUCCCACUACCUUUCUUCUCUCUAACCUUCUCCCAUCAGUCACUAGAAUAGUGUUUUCUUUAGCAAUUACAUUUGUGUAAUAAGAAAUUUAGUGCCUCAUAACUGUCAGCCUUAGUUUCACUUUGUUUUUUAAAUUUCAUUACCUUCUUGCCAAUAAUUUUUCUUCAGUACCUUGUUAAUAUGUAAUAAUUUACAGACCUCCAUUUAAAUGUACUGAUAACCCUAUCAUGGCAGACAGUUGCCUGCUCAACUCUUACCUUCACUUCCUAGUAAAUUGUAUCCUAUAUUGUUGAGAUAGGAGCAGAGAUCCCUGUUCCUCAAGGAGAUUAGGAUCUUACCCCAAUCCCAGGAGAUGCAUCAUGAUUAAUUUAAUAUAGAAAUGGCUUCAUUCUUUAUGGCCUGUGAUAUGCCAGGCCUGUAUUUGUGCUGUCUAUUAUGAUAGCCAUUAGCUCCAUGUGGCUAUUUUGCUCUUGAAAUAUGGCCAGUGCAACUGAGAAAUUGAAUUUUUAAUUUAAUUUCAUUUAAAUUUAAAUAGCUGAAUGUGACUCAUGGUCACCAUUUUGUACAGCCCCAGAUAAUCAAAUGUGUGGGCAUAUGAUCUAGUUCAUGUUAAUGAAAUGAACAGAAGAAUAUUGGCACGGGCCUUCCUUUCAAAUUAAAAAGAACAAGCUUUGUGAGAUGAAGCUUUCUGCCUCUUUCUCCUCCUUGUGCCUAGAGAUACAACAGCCAUCUUACAAUCAUGAAGUGGCAAAUAUGAGAAUGAAAACUACAUUUCAAAGAAGUUUUCUUAGAAAGAUUAGCGGGAUCCUGGGUCCCUAAAGGCAUUGUUGAACACCUGAACCUACAUGAACAGUUUCCAACCUCUACUUAUUACAUGAGAAAAAUAAACCCUUGAUUUCUCUUACUUUAGUAAUAUAUGUUUCUGACUAAUUAUAUAUACCAUUUAACUUUAAAGAAAAAAUUGAUUGUUUUAAGAGAGAGGGAGAGAGAGAAAAACAUCGAUUUGUUGUUCCACAUAUUUAUACAUCCAUUGAUUUGCUUGUUGUAUGUGCCCUGACCAGGAGUUGAACCUGCAACCUUGGUGUGUCGGGACAAAGCUCUAACCCACAGAGCUGCCAGGCCAGAGCCAUUUAACUUUUUUUAAACAUGAAAACUCUUAUUUUAGACAUGCUAGGAAUGCUGUUUCAGAAUAUAAUCACUUAAAGUUAAGUAGAUAAUUAGAUAUAAGUAAUACCUUGUUGCAAUUCAGCAUCCAGUAUUUAAGCCAACAGAAGUGAGAAAAAGGCAUAUUAAAACAACUUUAACCAUAAGAAUAAUAUUGACUUGGGAGCAGAGAGGGAUGUAGAAAAAAUAGAAAUGGAAGACCAAUGUUUUAGUAUACUGGAAGCAUACAAUUUUUAUUGGAAAAUAUUUUAAAGAAUGAUUUUCUAAUGCCAUAAUCCAUUUAUUCUCAAGGUAACAUCAUUUUACUUCAUUUCAUGGAACUAUAGAAUUUUAGAAGGGAAAAAAAGAAAACAAUGAUUUAGUUGUAUUCAUUUUAAGAUAAGGAAUGACGUUUCUGAGAAAUUGUGCUCACUGUGACAGAGCAAGGAACAGGAUCAGGAUGUCAGGGGCUCCCAAGUUUAGUUCUCUUUCUAAUAUACUCUGAGGCAUAUACUUGUCCUUUGAUACAUUGUUCCCAUUUUAGAGUAACAAAAGUAGAGCCAGAUAUAUUCAAGGGACAUUGCUUGUUAGAGCAGGGAAGAGAAUUCGGAUUUUAUAAUUUGUAAACAAUUUUUUAGUGGAAUAAUAAAGUCCAAUUUUAUUUUGAACUAAAUAAGUUACCCAUUUAAAAUGUUACUUCAUUUAUCGUCAAUGUGAUAACUAUUUUAGACUAGAACUAUUUUAAACCUCUUUCACUUUGAACCUCUGAUGUAUGCUAUCUCCCUUUUUACUCUUGGUUAGUAACCUCUUGUUAUAGGCCGAAUUGUGUCUCCUGCAAAUUCAUGUUGGAAGUUCUAACCCUGGGUACCUCAGAAUGUGAAUUUUUUUGUAGAGACUUUAAAGAGGCAGUUCAUGUAAAAUUAAGUCAUAUGGUUUAACCCUAAUUCAAUUAAUUGAUACCUUUAUAAGAAGAGAUUAAGACACAGACACGCAGAGGAAAGAUCAAGGAAAGACAAAGAGAAGAUAACCAUCUAUAAGUCAAGGAGCAAUUCCUCAGAAGAAACCAACCCUGCUGACACCUUGCUCUUGGACUUCUGGCCUUUAGAACUGUGAUGAAAUAAAUUUCUGUUGUUUAAGACA